AUGGCCACCAAUGAAGACCCUCAGUAUAUGGGGAUUAUCAACUUACUUCAGCAUUUUGGAUGGACAUGGGUUGGACUCUUUGUGGUAGAUGAUGACAGUGGAGAACAUUUUUUGGAGACAAUGGAACUAUUACUUUCCCAGAAUGGAAUAUGUUCAGCCUUUUCCACGCAAAUAAGAAACCAAGAACAUUUUCAUGACUCAAGCACACAGAAACAUAGAACACAGUAUUUGUAUCAGAUAUUCAAAUCACCCAAAGCCAGAAUAUUUAUCCUCUAUGGUUACAUUUAUACUAUUAUGUGGAUUUGGUAUUUUAUAACUCAAGGAGCUCUUGGGGAUAAGUACAAGGUGUGGAUUACAACUGCCCAGUCUGAUUUUGUGUUAGCAAGCCUUGACCAGGAUGGCAGUUUGCAAAUGUUCCAAGGUGCCCUUUCUUUUAGGAUUCACUCUAGUGAAGUUCCAGGGUUCCAGGCAUUUCUUCAAGCUCUCACACCGGACUGGACCAAAGCAGAUGAUUUUCUCAGGGAUUUCUGGCAGGAAGCAUUUGACUGUCCAGUCCCGGAUCCCAAGAUGCCAUACAAGUUGUCUGGAACAUGGGCGGGAGAGAAGAGGCUGGAGAACUUGAUUGCUCCUCUUUUUGAACUGCGUAUGAGUGGCCACAGCUAUGGCAUUUAUAAUGCUAUAUAUGCUGUUGCACAUGCUUUACAGGCUUUGUUCUCAUCUAGGUCCAAACACAGAAGUGUAUUUGGGCGUAAAAGAGGAGAUCUUCAGGAUUUGAAGCCUUGGGAGCUCCACCCUUUCCUUCGAAGCAUUUCAUUUAACAACUCGGCUGGAGAAAGCAUAUCUUUUAAUGCUAACAAAGAAGUGAGAGCUGGAUUUGAUGUCAUGAACUUGGUUACCUUUCCAAAUAAUUCUUUUCUUAAUGUGAAAGUUGGAGGGAUAGAUCCAAAUGCUCCUGAUGGAAAAGAAUUCAUUAUUCAUGAGGACAUGAUUACUUGGCACAGAAACUUUAAUCAGGUCCGCCCCAUUUCAGUCUGCAGUGACUCCUGCCCUCUUGGUUAUCAGAAGAGAAAGAAGGAAGGGAAGAAAUUUUGCUGCUAUGAUUGUGUUCCAUGUCCAGAAGGGAAGAUUUCCAACCAAACCGACAUGGCUGACUGUUUAGAGUGUCCAGAAGAUCAAUAUUCAAGCAAAGGCCAAGAUCAAUGCAUCCCUAAAGUUAUAAUAUUUAUGUCCUACAAAGAUCCUUUAGGAAAAGGUCUCGCUUCUAGUGCUGCUUUCUUUUCUCUGAUCACAGCUUUGGUGUUGGGUGUGUUUAUUAAACACAAAGAUACUCCUAUAGUCAAAGCCAAUAACAGAGAGCUCACCUACAUCCUUCUUUUUUCUCUCUUACUCUGCUUCCUCUCCUCCUUCCUGUUCCUUGGCCGUCCUGGGAAACUCACCUGCCUUCUCCAACAACCCAUUUUUGGCACCACCUUCUCUUUGGCUGUUUCUUGUGUCUUAGCCAAAACCAUCACAGUUGUGAUGGCAUUCAUGGCCACAAGGCCAGGGUCCAACAUGAGGAAAUGGGUGGGGAAAAGAGUGGGUCUCUCCAUUGUGUUCUCUUGUUCCUUCAUUCAAGUUGUUAUUUGUAUUAUCUGGCUUGGGACAUUUCCACCAUUCCCAGAUUUAGACAAGAACUCCCUUUCUGGAGUAAUCAUUGUGCAGUGUAAUGAAGGGUCUCCCUUUAUGUUUUAUCUAGUCCUGGGUUACAUGGGACUUCUUUCCACCAUCAGCUUCAUUGUGGCUUUCCUAGCCAGGAAAUUGCCAGACACUUUCAAUGAAGCCAAAUUGAUCACCUUCAGCAUGUUGAUAUUUUGCAGUGUUUGGUUGUCCUUCGUGCCUAGCUAUCUGAGCAUCAAGGGCACAGCCAUGGUGGCUGUAGAGAUCUUCUCCAUCUUAGCCUCCAGUGCUGGGUUGCUCUGCUUUAUAUUUUCCUUUAAAUGUUAUGUUAUUCUCUUUAAGCCUGAGCUAAACAACAGGGAGCAACUAACCAGGAGAAAGGUUGAGAACAUUAAGCUGUCCAUUUAA